AUAAAAUCAAUGGAUAGUACUGAAGAGCGACUUCUCAGGGUGAUUAACUGUGACAUAAUGAUACUAAGGUUGUUGAAUCAUUGAGUUUUAUAUAAAAAUUCUAAACAGAAAUGUCCGCAAUUGAACUGAUCAAAUGUUUGGUAAGGUUGAUGAUUAUAAAGUAUUUUCACGCCAGUACCAAGGUAUCGAAUUAGCUCAAGAGGAGGUUUUAAAUUUCCAAAACUAUCAAAAUAAUUAACUACUUUACCUAUCUUCCUGUAUGCUACCCAAUGUCCCAUAUGAAUAAAAGUGAGCAUAUGCUUAUACUUGCGAAAUUAAAAGUAAAUGCUUCAAGGGAUAUGAAUAAAAUUAUAAGUAAAUGCUUUUGCUUAUAAGUAAAGGCGGACACCCACUACUCGUGUAUUUGGCAAGUACGCCAAUAUUUGCGUACUUGCCAAGUACACCAAGGUUCGAAUUCAAUUUACAAAUAGGGCGCUCCCACUACUCCUGUAUUUGGCAAGUACGCCAAUAUUUGUGUAUUUGGCAAUUACAGCAGGUUUCGUUGCCUCUCGGUCUUCAGUGUUUGUUUUCUUUCCAUCAUGGAUAGUCGCGUAGUCGCUUCAGCAGCGUUUGUGGUAUUGAGUGGCUGCAUGAGAAGAAUUAAAGCUCAUCAAGUUCAGAAAGCAAAAGGAAAAAGAAGAUGGUGGAUGACUUCUUUGAGCAGAAGUCGAGAGAGGUAAGUUAAUACCUCUAUCUGUCCUGAUCUACCAAAAGCAAAUACCAUGCCGUUAUAUUCUCAAGAUUGAUACACUGGUCAAAAUUAUUUUUUUGCAGGUACAAUGUCUCCAUUAUGAUAGAGGACCUGAUUCGAGAACCGUCAGGAAGGUUGGAGAAUUUCCUGCGAAUGUCCUACACCGACUUCGAAUUUCUACUGAAUGAGGUGGGACAUAUGAUAGGGAAAAAAGAUACUCAGCUGAGGAAGGCAAUUUCAGUUAAGGAAAGGUUCUGCGUUGCUCUCAGAUUCUUCGCUAGUGGUGACAGUUUCGUGAGUUUGUCAUACCUCUUCAAAUUUUUACCACAAACUGUAUCCCGGUGCGUUUUCGACGUUUGUGAUGCAUUGAUUAGCGUUCUCAACCAUCAAAUAAAAAUGCCGAGAAGUUCAAAUGAAUGGAAAAAAAUUGCAAUUGAAUUCGAGAAUAGGUGGAAUUUCCCUCAUUGCUUGGGAGCUAUAGACGGGAAGCAUAUACUGAUUCAGAGCCCAAUGAAUAGUGGAUCAGAUUUUUUUAAUUACAAACACACUUUCAGUGUUGUUAUGAUGGCACUUGUGGACGCCAAUUACAUGUUCACAUAUGUGGAUGUUGGAUGCCAAGGCCGUAUAAGUGACGGAGGUGUAUUCCGCAAUACCGUUUUGGGCAGAAAACUCGAAGAAAAUAGACUGAUGUUACCCAACGAUGAAACUCUACCCAAUCAUACUCAAACUACUUUUCCUUACGUUUUCGUCGCAGAUGAUGCUUUCGCUUUGGGACCCCAUUUAUUAAAACCAUUCCAAGGAGUCUACGAAGCAGGCAGCGAUGAAAGAGUCUUCAAUUACCGGUUGUCUCGUGCUCGGCGCAUUGUUGAGAACGCAUUCGGAAUACUAGCGUCGGUCUUCCGGGUGUUUAGAGCACCUAUGCUACUACAACCCGACAAAGUCAGCAAAGUAGCAAUGACUUGUGCACUGCUUCACAAUUUUUUACGGAGCAGUAAAGACUCUUCUGCUACCUAUGCACCGCCAGGCGCUAUCGAUACGGAGCAAGACGGCACAAUUAUUCCCGGCACAUGGCGAAGCGAUGUACAAAAUAUGACAUCUUUCCUACCCCUCAAAAAAAUACCAAGAAAAGCUGGUCGUGAGGCUCAGGAAAUAAGGAAAUUAUUUUGUGGCUAUUUCAAAACUACUGGAAAGGUUCACUGGCAGGACCGUUACUGUUAAAUAUUCAUUGUACCGUUCCAAUAUCUUAAAAUAAAACAAUCUUUCACUCACCUCUGAAUUAUAUGUAUUCCUUGCGACUGAAACCCCAUGCAGAAAGCUCUCGAUUUUCUCGAAUGCAAACCAAGUUGGUUUAUAAACGUCCUUGCUGCCGGUCCCUGUUUUUGAUGAUGCCUUAACUUUCCUCCACAAUGGUCGAAAUGACGCCAUCAAUGACUCUUUCUUCUUUUUCAAAUCGGCAACCGUACAUUCGAUCGAUAUUUUAUUUUUGAUGCGUAGCCAGGCAUCGUUAAUCAAGUUUCUGUUUUUAUGUUGUGGAUGCGUAGGUUGCCAUAUAACUGGCUCAUUUUCAUACAGAUCGAGAAAUUCAAAAAUGACUUCUUGUGACCACUCCAUUUCGAAAAACCUCUAGGGGAACACGCACCACGCACACGCGACAGAAGCCAAACACAGACUCAACUGUAGAAAUUAAUUGCGGCCAAGCCGGCAAGUAGUGGGAGCGCAUCGACAAGUAUAAACUUGUCAAAUACGCAAAUAAUUGAAAAUGCUUUGACUCGCGGUAUUUUUACCGACAACCUGCGGGACUUCUCCAGCUGCAAAUAAUUGUACAAGUAAUGGCCGAGUGAACCACUCCCACUACAUGGCAAAUAUAGGCAAGUGACAAAUAUUUGCCAAAUACAC